AACAAUUGUAAUUGGAAAUGGAACCUAUACUGAUAGAAAAAUCUCAGUGGCCAGAGCUCAGAGAUUUGUACGCGAAUGAUAGAACUAAUCUCACGGGAUUCGACUUAAUCGAGUACUUUUUAAAUUACAUACCCUUAUCCACAACCGAAUCCAUAAAGAUAUAUACAACUGAUACGGAUUGGAGAACACAUGGCAGUUAUAUACUAAUUCAUUAUUUGGAGAACAAGGCCUAUAUUUAUAUGAAUACCAUUAAGGGAACCCCAGAAGAUCUUGGCAAAUUGUUGAACUCUCUAAAACUUAAAGUGUUUCAUUUAAUCUGUGGCUAUGAAGAACGAUUCAAACCAUUAGUUGAGGCAUAUUGGCUGAAUUUGGGUCAAGAUUUGAUUAAUCUUGAACACCAGGGCGCUAUUGUUUACCACCUGCCAAGCACCGAAAUUCCCAGUUGGAAACCAAGUUUGAGUACCUCUUGCAAAGUGGCUUAUAUCACAUCAAAUCAUGCCGAAUUGGUCGACAAACAUUGGGCUUAUCGUUCAGCUGAUUCUAUAACUAUGAUAAGGGGUUUUAUGGAGAACAAUCUCGCUGUUGGUGUUUUUGAUAACCAAGGAGAACCCCUAGCGUGGUGUCUAAGAUCUCCUCAUGGUAGUUUGAGUAACCUACACGUUUUAUCCUCACAUCGUCGAAUGGGAUUGGGUUCUUUGGCAGUGCGCUUUAUGGCUAAUGAAAUCAAGUUAAAGGGCUCAGAAGUUCUGGCCACAGUUGUUCCCGAAAACGAGGGUUCGCAAAAAAUGUUCGAGAAACUAGGAUUCAACAAUAUCAACAAACUCUACUGGGCAGUGAUACCGUGCACUUUAUAAAUAAAGAAUAAAUACAGAUUAC